CUCCGAAAAAGCAGCACAGACUCCGCCGCCGCGAGCACAAAUCUGGUGAGGGCCAUGGCGGACGUGGACAUGGAGAAGAUUCGCAGAGUCCACUGGGUGCCGCUGGAGUCCAACCCAGAUAUGUUGAACGACUUUGCCAGCAAGGUGGGUCUUCCUCCUGGCUUCGAGUUCGUGGAUGUCUUCAGUACUGAUCCAGAGCUUCUCAUCAUGGUCCCUCCUGAUCGAUUGGCGGUGACCCUGUUGUAUCAGACCUCGAAGAAUAUCAGGAAGUUCAAGGAGGAGCAGCAGAAAGAGAUCGAGGCAACUGGACAGAAGCUGAGCCCAGACUUGGUAUAUUUGAAACAGUUUGUCGGCAACGCCUGUGGCACCAUCGCUUGCCUUCACUGUCUUGGCAACAACUCUCAGGUGUUGGGCUUGUCUCCGGAGUCGCCCAUCGGCAAGUUCUUGGAGAACAUCAAGGGAAAGACGCCCAAGGAGGCGGGCUUGGCUUUGGUGGAUGCCACCGACUUGCACUCCGCCUCGGAGGCCAGCGCACGCGGCGGCCAAACCGCGGCGCCGGAGGCAACAGCUGAUGUGGAUGCGCACUUCAUUUGCUUCAUCGAGAAAGAUGGAGAUUUGUAUGAGCUUGAUGGCAACAAGGCCUUCCCGAUCAAUCACGGCCCCACGGCUGGGGAUCUGCUGGCCGCGGCCGCGCAAGUGAUCAAGGCCAAAUUCAUGGACCAGGAUCCGGAGAGUGUUCAUUUCAAUAUGAUGGCACUGGUCAAGAGCUGAACAUGGUACAGCUGAAGAGCUCUUAGCGAGAGGAAAAAAAA